AUGAUGGAAACGCAUCGCCACCGGAAUGGUGGGGACAAGAUGAAGGUGUUUCUCUUGACCUUUUUCAGCUACGUGAUGCUGCACGUAUCACGGAAGUCGUUCUCGGCUGUCAAGGGAGAGAUGAGCAAGGAACUGUUCAUGGAAUCCGCGCUGUUCCCAUCGGCCGAGCAAGGCAAGAUGUAUGGCCUGAUGGACACUCUCUUCAUGGUGUUCUAUGCAAGCGGGCUUUAUGUCAGCGGCGUCAUUGGCGACCGCUUCGACCUGCGGAAGCUCCUCGCGGGAGGCAUGUUUGUCACGGCAGCCAUCAUGUUUGUAUUUGGCAUGUCGGCGUUCGUCGGCAUACGAUCGCUGGGGCUAUAUGCAUCCCUCUGGGCCCUGAACGGUCUCGUGCAGUCCAUCGGAUGGCCCGUCAACGUUGCUGUCAUGGGCAACUGGUUCAACAAGCAAGAGCGAGGCGCUGUCAUGGGAGUUUGGAGCGCAAACGCGUCGUUCGGGAACAUCGUUGGGACGGCCGUGGUCGCGCUGCUGUACGUGGCGGUGCCGUCCAAGUCCGUGGCGUGGAAGAGCGCCGUUCUGGUUGCCGGGGGGCUCAUUGCAGUUCAAGGAUGGCUAGUGUAUGCAUUUCUGAAGCCAUGGCCACCGAAAUUCGGAUCGGACGAUGUGGAGGAGGCGCUCCUGGCGUCGCGCACUUCGUCGGACGACGUAUCGACAGCGGCAUCUUCCGACAGUCGUGCCAGUCGAAAGCAAGGCAUCUCGUUUUGGCGGGCGUGGCGGAUCCCAGGGGUCCUGUUGUACGCCCUGGCGUAUGCGUGCUUGAAGUCGCUCAACUACGCGCUCUUCUUCUGGCUUCCGUUCUACCUGACGUUGACGCUGGGCAUGGACGAUGCCAAAGCAGAUCUGUACUCGAUGCUGUACGAUGCGGGGCAAAUGACGGGCGGCUUUUUGGGCGGCUACGUCACGGACAAAGCCGGCAUUCGGUCGCCGAUAGUUGCUGUCAUGAUUUUCACGGCCACGGGCUUGUUGCAUUUGUUCCAAGGGGCGUCGCACGCGCAAACGAGUGUGCUGCUCGUCGCGACGGGGUUUCUGCUUGGCGGACCAGCCAACUUGAUCAGUACCGCCAUUUCGGCCGACCUCGGCACGCACGACAGCCUUCGUCAAGAUACCAUGGCGCUGUCGACGGUGACUGGAAUCAUCGACGGCACGGGCAGCGUCGGCGCGGCGAUCGUGCAGUUCCUCGUGGGGUACCUGUCCAACUGCCACCCCGUGGAUGACCACACCGAGUGCACGUGGGGGCCAGUCUUCAUGCUGCUGCAAGUGAGCGGCGCGCUUUCGUGCGUGUGCCUCGGGCCGCUGGUAGCCAACGAAGUCAAGAUGUUGUGGCAACGUCGUCGGGGUGGGCGCUCAUGA